AUGGGUGCCUCCGCUUCCAGAGAAAAAUUUCGGGAAUCCGUCGCGGCCUUGGUCGAAGUCGAUGUCAGCACGGACGAUGCCGACUUUUGGGAUGAAUUGUGGAAGAUUCCCAGCACUCCCGAAGAAGUCUUUGAAUUGAUUCCUCCCGCUGCCGCACGAAGGCUGAGAGACGAGCGAUUUGAAAACUUGGCCACCUUGUUCACCCAAGCGACGGCCCAGUUGUGUCAAAUUGUCGAAACUCCCUACAAUAUUUACUUUGAUCAAGCACUGAACUGUGUUCGUGUCUUGACCAGAAUUCUUCCAUUCUUGCUGGAAAAGGGUGACUUGGGAGAUGCCGAUGAAAACGUCGAACAACUUUGCUGGGGAACUGCUGGAAACAUUGGGGAUGAAAAGAUUGGUCUCAUGAUUGGCGGUGCCGAAGGCAAGUCGGUAGCUUCCUCCCUUCCUCACCAAGGAACUGGAAUGGGUGAUGAUCAAGAACCACUUGCCCUACUUGUGGUCCAUGCCGCCAUGCACAUGCUGUUCCUUCCACAAUUCACUUGCGACUUUCAUGAAACCAAGGAGUCGGCAGCAUCGUCUGGACUCUUUGGACGCAGUGAAGAACGGGAAGAUCGUGAGAUGCGGGCCGAAGCUGGACUUCAGACCAAGGUCAUUGAGAAUGGUGUCAGUCUCGUCCCUCGUCCUACUUCUAUUGUCUGGGCUUCUGGUACUGGAAUCAAUGGAAGCCAAUCCUUGGGAAGCGACUCGGCUUCUCGCAAAUACGACAAGAAUCGUGUCGAGGUCCUCCGACUCAUGUUGGCGGCAUGCUGCGAUCCUUUGUUUAGCCCUGCAGAUGAAUACAACCCAUUGGCCUCGCGUUGGUUGGCGGUUGCCACGGCUGCAGAUGCUCCCAACGCCCCAUGCUUGUUCCACAGUCUGUUGAACACGAUUCUUUCCUUUGAUCCCUCGGCUGGUCUUGGAAUGUCCGACACACACGUACAACUCGUGGAACUUUCCACUCAAGUCCUGGCGGCUCUAUUGGAUUGCGGUCUUCCAGGAAACCCAGAACCUGUUCAAGAUUCCAAUGGCGAGCCAUUGAUUGAAUUCGAAGCUGCCAGCAAGGGAGGAUUCAACGUCUUUCGUACACUCAUGUCCCGAAUUGAAACGACCAAGGAAUUGGACUUUAUCUUCAAGGGCUUUUCGCGAUUGUUGCGAAAUGUGUACGAGGCCGAAUCCAGUUACCUACCAGGAUCAGCUCCCAAAAUGGAAUGCUUUCAAGAACUUUUGGUUCUGCUAUGGAAGUUCCUGGAAGAGAAUCCACUCUUUGUUAACCACAUCCUCACCAAGUGCGAUGUCAACGAGCUUGUCGUACCCAUUUGCUAUUUGAUGUACAAGUCACGUCGGGAUCCUGCCCAAAUCGGUUUGGUUCACAUUUGUACUUUUGUUCUCCUCAAGCUUUCGGGAGAACGCUCCUUUGGAGUUUCCCUCAACAAGGCUUUCAAGAAGAAGCUUCCUUUGGACAUUCCUCUCUUUUCGGGAGGUCACAAUGAUUUGUUGGCAAUCACUUUGCACAAGUUGGUGGUCAAUGGUGCCUACAAACUUGUACCAUUGUAUUCUUGCUUUUUGACGAUCAUAUGCAAUAUCUCUCCCUACUGGAGAAGCAUGAGUCUAGUGGCUGCCGUCAAGAUGGUCAACCUAUUCGAGCUAUUUUCCAGUCCCAAGUUUUUGUACUCGGGAGAAAAUGCUCACCGACACUUGGCACUCUUGUUGGAAGUCUUUAACAAUGUUCUUCAAUAUCAAUACCAAGGCAAUACACACUUGGUCUAUGCGAUCAUUCGACGAAAGGACUCGUUUGGACGUAUUUCUUCCUUGACCUUGAAAAAGGCCCAAGAACAGUGCCACAAGGUGUAUGGAGACAAGAACUCGACUCACUAUGACGCAGAUCGUGCGCGUCUUGCAAAUGGGGAUCCCAAGGGGGUCCCAGUGGGUGAGGCCCUCGGAGCUGGUGGUGGCAUGGAGUCUGGAGAAAAGUUCCAGCCAACCGAAGCAUGGUUAAUGGAAUUGAAGGAGAACCUUCCUUUGGAGACUGUCACAAGAUUGCUACAGCACUUGGUUCCUGUCGUGGACGAAAUUGUUUCUAGCAAGUCUGGUGUCGUUGACGAAGGUGAAAUCUUGGAAGUCCUUCACGAGAUCACCAUGGUCGGCUUGUUGCCAGUCCCACACCCCAUUGUCAUUCGCAAAUACCAACCCAACCAAUACACCGCACUUUGGUUCACUGCCUUUAUGUGGGGUGUCAUCUUUUUGCGAAACCAAAAUCUUCCCAUGUUUGAUGGAAAGUGCAUUGAAUUGUUCCAAGUCAGUGUCCAAGAAGAGGACGUUUACGGAUAA